CUCAGCUAAAAGGCCGUAUUUCUCGGACAAAAUGGAUCCUGCCACGACCAAAACCGUUCCGGUCAACAUGCUUUUCGCUUGUGCAUUCGAACUUGUAAUGUAGAAAUCAGCGUAUGCGUUGUAAUAGGAGAAAAGUACACAACUAAGAGGCGAACACAGAACUUCUGCGCAGCGAAACUCUUUAUAAAUUCUUCUAUGAAGGAGCGUCAUCCCCUUAUGCGGGUUUUAGGUUAUCGGCUGCAUCUAGUCUAAGUCACAGCGGGAUGUUGUUGUUGUGAAAAAACACAAGAAGAAACAAGAGCCACCACCUAAUACCAUGGCCCCAGCUACCGGCGCCGCUCCGGCCAUUAGCGAGCAGAAGAAGAUGGAUCAGCUGAAUGGAGAGGACACACAGAGGGCCUUCGACCGUCUUUUCGAAACGGAACUUGCGCCCCGCUUACGUCAGGACGGCUGGGAGGUUCGAUUAGAAGAUCCGCCGCAGGCUUACCUCCACCUUUCCAAGCCGGCUUGGGGCGACCAACGAAUAUGCAUUCGCACUCAUGGGUCUGCUGGGUUCUCUGGACAGAAGUGGAUGCCGCGGACGAUGGCUUUUAACGUCAGAGAUGCUCAACUUGGAGCAUGCAUUUUGCUCAUUUUUACAUUAGCAAUGAAUUAUGUAUGUAUGAUUAUGCAAAUAAUCGUCCUGCCUCGUCCGAAGAAUGUUGUUGAGACACUUCACAACUCAAUUCGCACACGUGUGCGUGAUAGAAGACAAUGCAGCGAAAUAAAGUAUCUUCCGGUAAAGGUUUGGCAUUCAUUUUGGAAGAUGCCGACCUUCAUUCUCAGCCUCCAACUCCAUCGGAGUAAAUCUGCAUGGCACGACCAUAAAAGUGCGUCACCGCAUACGCAUUUCCACCAGCCCCAGACAGCACAUUUUCAUCGUUGAUGCCGCAUGAACGGGAUCCACUUCGAAACGUACGUGUUGCGGACGCAGUUGAGAACGAGAGCCGCCCCGGUGGCGUUGCACUGCGAGAACGGCUGCGCGUAUCGAGCCGAUUUUCUGCGGAUCUGCACCGAGAGAUUGAAAUCGCCCGACGGCGCAGGAGGACUCUUAGCAGAACGGCUUCUUUUGCCUCCCGUAGAAGUCCGAGGCCGAGCUGACACGGUGGAUCUUCCUGUACUAGAUGUUGAUGAAGAAGACAAACAAAGGAAAAUACAAACACCGAACCAGGUGGACCAGCGGCGAGACUUGCCGUGCACCUACGAGAUAGGGGACCCAGCCUCGGGAGACUGCAGCGUGAUUGAGGUGCAAGUCCCCUUCGACGGCUUGACCGCGGCGGAGACCGUCCAGCGACUGGCGGAGCAACUGGACCGCUUCCAAACGGUUCUAACGCCCUUGGUCGAUGAAACGAUUCAGGCUUGCAAAAUAAACAGAGCCUGAUAUGGAGCUUACAAGCAACUUGGUGCCCUGUUGCUGACGCACUUUUUACAACCUGUGGGCAUGGUGUAGUAAAGUACUAAGCAUGAAGAUGUUGGACUUGGAUCUGCACUUACUUUUUCUUCGCGGUAGUUCAGAAGAUAGGGCAGCUUCAUCCUCAUACCUGAAAAGCUUCUCGCAUGUAGUGCUGUGCGGUCGCAGCAAGUUGGACUUUUUGUUUUUUCCCGAUCGGUACGACACAGACAGCGCAAUUUUCGAUACAUUUGAGUGCCCUUACGUAGAAAAGAAAGAGAAA